CGAGUCUAAAUCCCAAAUUUGCAGUGAUUGCCUUGGACUGAAGUGAUUCCCUCCACAUUGACAUCUUUCCACUCUCUCCGGGUAACUUCGGGACCCGACGUCACUCGCGCGGCAACACCCGAAGCUGUUGGCAGCCGAAACGGCGAAAUCUUUCACACCGCCGUACACACUCACCUGCCCACCAGCACACCAUGACGCUCCUCCGGCCCACACCGACAGUCCUCCGGGCCGUUCGAAGUGCCGCGAUUCGUUCUACCACCACCACGACCACCACGACCUCCCAUCGCACCAUCUCCUCCAAAGCCCGCGCCCUCAAUUCCCCCUUCAACCGUCUGCGCAAUGGAAUCUACGGCACGGUACUGCUGGGACUCCUCGGUUUCGGCUACGUGGAAGCAACCGAUACCCGCUCCUCCAUCCACACAUACAUGGUCCCGCCUCUGCUGCGGUACAUCUUUAGCGGCGACGAUGUCUCGCGUCCCGGGCCCGAAGCCGCGCACGUCUUCGGACUCCGAGCGCUAAACCUCGCCUACAACCUCGGAGCGCCUCUGCACGAGCGCGGUACACCCGACUACCUCUCGACCCUUCGCAGCACGCUCUGGGGCUUCGACGUAAACACACCCCUUGGGAUUUCUGCCGGCCUCGACAAGCACGCGGAAUGCAUUGACGCCCUCUUCACGCUCUCGCCCGCGAUCGGCUUCAUCGAGGUGGGCUGUGUGACGCCGCGAGCCCAGGACGGCAACCCGCGCCCGCGGCUCUUCCGCCUCCCGACCUCAUGCAGCUUCAUCAACCGCUACGGCUUCAACAGUGUGGGCGCGGACACUGUGGCGCGGCGUCUCCGCGACCGAGUGCGGCGCUACGCAGUAGCCAACGGCACCACUGAAUCCGCGGUGCUAGCCGACGCCUCGCUGCCCGCCUCGCUCCACCCGGGCCGCGUCCUCGCCGUACAGAUCGGCAAGAACAAGACCACGCCAGAAACCGACCUCGCGGCCGUCAAGCGCGACUACGUCGAGUGCGUGCAGAAGCUCGGCCCGUACGCCGACGUGAUCGUCGUCAACGUGUCGUCGCCCAACACGCCGGGGCUGCGCACGCUGCAGGCAGCCAAGCCACUCACCGAGCUCCUAUCUGCCGUCGUCACCGCCGCGUCGCAAGUCACCGCGCGCGCCCGCAAGCCCAAGGUCGUCGUCAAGGUCUCGCCCGACUCCGACUCGCCCGACCAGAUCAGCGACAUCUGCGCGGCGAUCCGCAACGCGGGCGUCGCCGGCGUCAUCGUCGCCAACACCACCACCGCGCGCCCCGCAAGCCUCACCGGCUCCCCGCAGACCUCGGAGGAGGAGAAGCGCAUCUCGGUGCUCGAGGCCGGCGGCCUCAGCGGCCCCGCGCUCCUGCCAAAGACCCUGAGCCUCGUAGGCGAGUAUCGUCGCCGCCUGGGUAGGGAUGUCGAGAUUGUUGCCAGCGGUGGCGUCACAAACGGCAAGGACGCUAUGAGGUGCGUGCAGAUGGGCGCGAACGCCGUUAUGGGAUACACCGGCAUGGUCUAUGGCGGUGUUGGAUGGUUCGGAAGGGUCGCGAGGGAGCUGGCCGCGGAGGCGGAGGGCUCGAGGACUGCGAAAAGGUAGAUGGCUACGCACCCUAGGUACUUAGGUAGCGGAGCGGGCAAGAAUUCAAAAUAGAUGGUGCUGGGGGGUGGGGCCGGGU